GUUUCUUGAUGUGUGGUUUCACGAGAGAGCUUAAUCGUAUAUCCGACCGAUAAAAAAGGCGAGAAACCCUAAGUUUUGAAGGGAAAGUUGGUGAGAGAUGGGAAGAGGAAAGAUUGCGAUAAGGAGAAUCGACGACUCCACGAGCAGGCAAGUCACUUUCUCUAAGAGAAGAAAAGGGUUGCUCAAGAAGGCAAGCGAGCUUUCCAUACUCUGUGAUGCCGAGGUGGGGAUCAUCGUCUUCUCUUGCACCGGAAAGCUUUACGAUUUCGCGAGCUCUAGUAUGCAGUCGGUGCUAGAACGUUACAAGGAGUUAAGGGAGGAAAGCCACCAACUAUUUAAUCCAGCUUCAGAAAUCAAGCAUUGCCAAAGAGAGGUCGCAAGCUUAAGACAACAGCUGCAGCACCUGCAAGAGCGCCACAGGCAAUUGACGGGAGAACAACUUUCUGGCCUCAGUGCCAAAGAUCUGCAAAAUCUGGAAAACCAACUGGAGAUGAGCCUAAAGGGCAUCCGUACCAAAAAGGUACUACAAAUUUUCUCUGGCGAGAUAAAAGAGCUGAACAUAAAGGGGAAGGUGAUGCAUCAGGAAAACAUAGAGCUGCAAAAGAAGAUUAGUCUCUUCCUUCAGGAAAAUAAAGCAUUGAAAAAGAAGGUUUAUCAAGCAGGGGAUGUGAAUCAAGCUAACCAAUAUUCCCAUGAACCAUCAACUACGACCAUAGUGCAUGACUUGUUUGCCCCUUCAAACCUCCAGCAGAGCCAGCCACGGCUUCAGAGUAAAGAUGCCCCUCUAGAAGCAACCAAUCUGGGAUUGCAACUGCAUUAGCACAAGUUCGGACUGUGGAUGGUAUCAACUGUAUUGCGUCAAAAGCUAGCAGACAGUUAAAAAGCUCAAGCUUCCACAAGUGUUGAGUUCUCUUCGCACAACAAACUAGUAAAUCCAG